GGAAACUUUCCUUGUGUCCCCUUGAUUAAAAUAACAAAACAACUCUGAACAUACACCACUAGUUGGCUGCUUAAUACAGGGGGAGAGGGGACAUUCAUGAUGGAUCUUAUAGUAAGAGUGAUAGUAAGAGUGAUAUUAAUAACAAUGGCUUCUAUGAUACACACAGAAGGUCUGUUCUGUCCAGUUGGAUAUAACUUGGUGAGGGACACCCUUGCUGUAAACCUGGAGAAUAUGACAUGGUCUGAGGCCGCAUUGGAGUGCGCCAGGACCAAUGGAACAAUUAUUAACGUAAUAGACAAUCGAUCUAAAGAGAUGGCUAGUGAUACUAUAAAACAAUACUCAUUAGAUAAGGUAUGGAUAGGAUAUACUCCUGAUAUUAGAGAAACAUUCAAUCCAUCAGAUGUGGGGAUACCUUACUUUAUUAUAAAGGACAUCUCAGAUGAUCAAUUCUCAGCAUCUUCUUCUUGGUCUUGGUCAGACUCAGAUUUGGCUAAAAUUGAUAGUGAAAAUGCCUGGGUUUCUUAUCAAACAGAAGGUCCCUUUUGGGUUCAGGUUGACCUAGGGAAAACAAUGUGUAUUCAUGGAAUUGUUACAAAAGGAAAGGAGAACAGAGAUUGGUGGACAACAGUUUACAAACUUCUUUACAGAAAAGAUGGUGAUAACUUUCGCACCCUUCAGGAUAAUGAACAAAAAGAAUUGUCUGCGAAUACUGACAAAAUUUCACGAGUUUACAGGAACUUUACAAAACCUUUUGAUGCACAGUUUAUACGGUUAUAUCCUCAAUAUUGGAAUGACUAUCCUGCCAUAAGUUUUGAUCUUCUUGUAUCACGCAAUAGUUGCCCAACUGACUUUACAUGUGGAAGAUGUCCUGCUAUUGUGAACACAGAUGCAGCCACCUUAACUAUCCAGUAUGAGUCAUGCUGCUCCAAGUUGCCAUACAUCUGUGAGAUAGAGUCAUGUGACAAAGACCAGGAAGAGGCUCCAACAGUAGCAGCUGCUACCCAUUCAACUGUCCACAAUACCACUAAAGAUCAUGCGACACAUGCAACCUCCACUGUUUCAUGCUCAACUACAUUAACUAUUGGACUCACGAUUGGAAUAAUUCUUUUCAUGACUCUCUCCAUCACUUUGAUAAUUUUGCAGAUCUGUUCAUACCAUAAGCAAAACAGAUACUCCUCCAAAGCAGCAAACCACCAUCUAACUGGCACAGACAAGGUAGAAAUGGAUCAACAGGGAGCAAUGGUCACACCAAAACAACUAAAGACUGAACCAAAGGAUAACAAUGAUAAAUCACUGCUAGAUUCUAGCUUGGUUUAUGCAAAUAUGCAAACAGGAGCUGCUACAUAUAACACUGGAGUCGAAGCUAAAGAUGAUGUAGCACACAAUACUACAGAUACUGUAUUGUACCACACUCCAGCAGAUGUAGAUGUUUAUUGCGUUGAGAAGAAAGUGGAUAAUAGUGAAAUAUUAGAUGGAAUUGUUAUGUUAAAGAAUGAUAUAUACUCAGAGGCUUAACAAUUGUAAACCAUGUAAAACCAAUAAAUCAAAUGGCAACUCUUAA